GACAACUAAACCCUAAUGACCCAUCUCGGGCUAACCCUAAUCUCACGGGCUCUCAGCAGUCCGAAGUUGUUUGCUCCAGAACAGGGAAUCCGUACCUUCACUAGAUCCAAGUAGAAGCGCGUCACCGCUGCUAGAUGCCAGCCCGCUGUCACUGGCGAGCAGAGGCCGUGCUGUCAGCGCAUUGCCUAGGUGGACGUUAUCGCAACCCCCAGGAGCCUCUCCGCGUGCCUUGAUCCUCCUUUUUAGUCCCCACUACCUCUCUUCAGACUGCCCUUCCUCCUCUUAUUGGGACGUGCCUCUCACGGCGAGCCCUGCAUUCCAACAUUCGUCUCCUCUGCUUCUCUCCCCACCUGUCCCCAUCCCCCUCGUGGGUGCUCAGCUUACCACUGCCGUCGCCAUCCCCCUCUCCACCCGCUGUCGUCAGUCUCUCCUAGCCUGCGCGCUGCCAGCUCAGCCGUAUUGGGGAUCCGCUCCUCGUCCGUCCCACCCGCGCUUCUCACACCUCCCUCUGCGCCUAGACCCCAUUCAGUGCGCCCGGUGCCGUGACUGCGAGCGGUGAAGCAUGCAUGGGUCGACCGGGCAACAUGGUGCUCUCAGCGUGGUACGCGGACGUGUCGCGCUCGCUGCCCCUGGCCGCCUUUGGAGUGCCGCCCAUGCCGCUGCCUGGCGAGCCCGCGUGGUUCGGCGUGAUGCGCCUCGUGUACACGUUCCUCCAUGAAAAGGCCUUCAUCAAUCUCUGCAAGGCUGGCGAUCUGCCCUCUUCGCCCCCGCACGGCUUCCCGUCCACCCCACCCUCACCAGCCGCAGCCCUUGCGCCAGGCUCUUCGCCAGCCCUCCUAGCACCAGCUUCGCUAUCAGCCUCGUCAACGCCAUCAGCGCCAUCAGCACCCCGACCACCAGUCAACCCCGCCACCCCCACCGUACCUGCAUGCCCUGCUCCCCCCCUGCACGGCCGGCGGGUGGUGGUGGUGGGCGCGGGGCCGGCGGGGCUGACAGCGGCGCGGCACCUGGUGCGUCUGGGCGCGCAGGUAGUGGUGCUGGAGGCGCGGGAGCGCGUGGGCGGGCGCGUGCACACGGACUGGACGUCGCUGUCCGUGCCCGUGGACCUGGGGGCCAGCAUCAUCACGGGUGCUGCGCCCGACGUGCACGGCAACCUGCCCCCGGACCUGUCGGCGCUGCUGUGCCAGCAGGCGGGGCUGCCGUGCGUGGUGCUGCGCGACGCUUGCCCGCUGUACGACGCGGUGAGCGGUGGCAAGGUGGCGGUGGACGUGGACGCGCGCGUGGAGCGGCAGUUCAACCGCCUGCUGGACGACCUCGCCGCUGUGGCGGCGCAGCAGGGGCAGGCCGCCGUGCACAUGUCCAUGGCGCAGGGCGUCAUGCACACACUGGGGGAGGGGUUUGGGCGGGAGAACCUGCAAGGCGUGGGGGGGUCGCUGGUGGAGGGGCAGGGGCAGGAGAGGCGGGGGGAAAGGGAGGAGGGGCGUGGUGGCGUGGAGGGAGAGGGUGGAGGGAAGGGAGAGAAGGAUGGCGCUGGAAGGGAGGCAUGCGCAGAGGACUGUAGCGGCAACAGGGAGGAGGGAAGCAGGGAAGGGGCGGGGAGGAGUGGAAGGAAGGGGGGAGCGGGUGGGCAGGCACACAGGGCUGGCAUGACUAGCAGCCAGAGCAACGAUGGCGACAAUGGCGGUGGCGGCGGUGGCGUGUGUGACGCCGCGUUGUGUGGAGGAGCGUCUGCUCUGAGUAUCAUCACGGGAGGCAGGUGGAACGGCGGCGCUAUGGCCGCCACGGGUGGCAGUGCGGCGGCAGAGGAGAGGGAAGGGGCUGGUGGGCAGCUCCAGGCGCAGGGUGUGGGGGUGAGGGACGGCGCUGGGGUGCAAGAGGAGCAGCAGGCCAGGGCAGAUGGGAGGGCGGAGGUGAUGGUCGAAGGAGAAGAGAAGCAGGAGGUGGAGGAGGCAGGAGACAAUGGGAGAGAAGGCCGAGAAUUGAAGGAGGAGGUCGAAGGGAAGGUGGGCAUGGUGGAUGGGGAAGGCAGAGGAGCGUGGGGGACGGAGGUGACGAGGGGUAGGAGCGCAGGUGAGGAGGGGAGAAUGCAAGAGGAGGCAGACGGAGGGGCGUGUGGGCAGGAGGAAACGCUAGCGGGGCAGGAGGUAAAACAACAGGAGCAGGAGAAAAAACAAGAGCAGCAGGAGGAGGAAAAACAAGAGGUUCAGGUGGAAAAGCAUGAGGAGCAGGAGCAAAAGCUAGAGGAGCGGGAGGAGAAACACGAGGAGCAUCAGGCAGCAACGGAGGGGGAGAGGGUAGUAGCUGUGAUGGCCGAGGUGAGCAGCGCGGGUGAGGGUGGGGGCGAGCAGCCGUGUGCACACUCCGUGGCACAUGCUGAGGAGAGCGCGGCGAGACAGGUGAGGGGAGGGGCGCGUGCACGGCAAGUGGAGCGAGAGACAGACCCGUGUGGCGGUGGAGGGAAUGCGUGGGACAGCAGGGAGGGCGGCUGCCAGAGCACGGAAGGGUGUGGCGGAGUGCAGGAGAGCAAAGACAACUCGGCUGAGGGGCUGAGGUGGAUGGGGAAGAGGAAGCGAGCAGGGAUGGAGCCAACAGACUCUGGACACGUGGCAGCCUUGGGUGGGCAAGGAGGGCCGGACGCAGUGAGAGGGCGAGGGGCGGUGAUGGCGAGGGAGCGGGGCAGCAAGAGAGCGAGGAGAGAAGCGGGUGAGGUCGGGGGGGCACACGCUGGAAACGGGGCAGAACCAACGGCGGAGGGGGGAUCGGGCGAGGGGAGGGCGGCAAAUAGGAGCGGGGAGAAGGGAAGCGUUAGAGGGGUUACGGAGGUGAGGACUAGGGCCCAAGCAAGGCGGGCAGGGAGAUUGAAGGAGGAGCAAGGGGUGUGUGGGGAAGCGAGGGUUGGUGGGGAUGGAGAGGAAGGAGCAGCACAGGGGAAGGAAGCUAGCAAACAGGUGAAGGCAGAGAGUGCACUCAGAGAGAGUGUGCAUGGGCAGGGGGGGGAGCAGUCGAUGGAGAGGACGAGAGGGCCGAUGACUCGAAGGCAGAGCAGGGACGCAGCAGAGAGCGACAGGGAGAGGGAAGGGCUUAGGGAGAAGGGGUGGGAGGCAACAAGGCAGGGGGCGAGCGGGCAGGCAGAGGAAGCAGUGAGGGCGGGCAGGGCGUCUAGUGAAGAAGGGGCGAAGCGGAGUGCUGAAGGGGAGGGAGCAGGGAAGGGGAUGGCGGCAGCGGGCAGUGGCAAGGCUGUGAGGGACGUGCGGCGGCGGUCCAUAGCGGACCUGGUGGCGGGGCUGGACAGCAAGGACAGAAAGGGCAAUGGGGAGGGCGGCAAGGGCAAGAGCUGGAGGGAGCAGGAACGGCGGGAGGUGGAGCGGCGGGUGCUGGGGUGGCACUUUGCAAACCUGGAAUACGGGUGUGCCACGGACCUCACGCGCCUGUCGCUGCCCUUCUGGAACCAGGACGACGCGUUUGGUGGGUUUGGCGGGCCCCACUGCAUGGUGAAGGGCGGCUUCGCACACGCCAUGACGCAGCUUGCUGAGGGCGUGGACGUGCGCCUGGGGCAGCAGGUCACCCACGUGGCCUGGGGGGGUGGGGAGGGGGAAGGGGGUGCUGGGGGGAAGGCGGACGAGCGGGGGGGAGGGUUGGAGGGAGGAGGGAGUGAGAAGCCGUGUGGGUGUGUGGCAGGGGCGAAGGGCUGUUGUGUUUCCUCAAGGUGCUGUGGCGCAGGCACGGGUGCGAGCAUGCACGAGGCUGGGGUCAACGGAGCAGCGGCAGACAUGGGGAAAGUAAAGGGGAUGGCAGACACGCAGCAGACUCAUGCGGGCACCAACGGCCAUGCAGCAGCAGCAGCAGCAGCAGCAGGAGCGGUGCAUGUGCGCACGGCGUCAGGAGAGGUGUUCCCGUGCGACGCUGCUCUCAUCACAGUUCCCCUGGGGUGCCUCAAGGCCAAGGCAGUGGCGUUCUCGCCCGCGCUGCCGGCGUGGAAGGCGCGCGCCAUAGAGCGGCUGGGGUUUGGCACGAUCAACAAGGUGAUUCUGGAGUUCGACCGCGCCUUCUGGGACCCCCAUGUUGACUACUUCGGCGCUGUGGGCCAGCCGCAGCCCGCGCAGCGCGGCAACUGCUUCCUCUUCUGGAACCUGCAGCGCACGUGUGGCGCCCCCGUGCUCGCCGCUCUCGUGCGGAAGGAGCGGGUGGUUCAGCAUGCGCUGAAUGUGCUCAAGACAAUAUUCGGCCGCCGCAAUGUGCCCAAACCCAAAGCAGCAGCUGUCACCUUCUGGGGCUCCGACCCUUUCAGCUUGGGCGCCUACUCGUACGUGCCGGUGGGUGCGUCGGGGCGAGACUACGACCUGCUGGCUCGGCCGGUGCAGGCGCGGCUGUUCUUCGCGGGGGAGGCCACGAGCAGGGAGCACCCCGACACCGUGGGGGGCGCCAUGCUCAGCGGCAGGCGCGAGGCGGUGAGGAUUGCAGGCGUGCUGCAGGGAGCGGGCGAUGUGUGGGAGCGAGCAGAGGCUCUUGCUGCUGCGGUGGCGCACAGGCAGACCGAUGAGGAGCGCGAGGAGGGCGGGGGAGAGCAAGCGCGGAAACAGCGAGAGAGGGAGAGCACACGACAUCCCUGGGCGGACCUAGACAUAGGGCACAGUGCGUGUGUGCAGACGGGGGUAGAGGAGCGGAAGGCAACGGAGGGGGCUGGAGGAGAAGCAGCGCAGGAGAGAGGAGAUGAGCACGUGGGGGCGAAGGGCGAGGCAGGUGUGGCGGAGGUGAGUGUGCAGGUGGAUGAGGGGGAGGCAAGGAAAGGGCACGAUGGUCCAGGGGAGACAGGGAAGCUGAGAGAAGAGGCGGAGACAGGGAAGGAGGGGGAUCCAGGAGGAGUGACCCCACAUGCCGUGCGCAAGGGUAAUGGAUCGGGUUCUGUGGCACAGGGGGUGCAGGCGAAACGGGAGGAAGGCAAAGGGGGGGAGCUGCCAAGAAGGGUGCUGGAGGCAGUGGCGGGCAGCAGAGCGGGGCUGGAGCGAAUCAGAGAGUGGAUGACGGAGUCCCUGCACUGCAGCAGCUCUCAGGUGCUCUCGGCCUCUCUCCGCCUGCUGCUUGCUGCUGCCACCUGCCCUCGAUGUGUGCGCAGCUCAGGAGUGGCGUCGGCUGUGCGUGCUGUACUCGUGUCGCCCCGUGUGGGGCGCGAGGUGCGGUCGCUGGCGUCACGCCUACUGCGCCUGUGGCAUGUGCUGGACCAUGGCCCUGGGGGCCCUGCUGCUGCUACACGGGGGGGUGCACGCGGUGAUGGAGGGCAGGGAGAGGGGCAGGCGGGAGGACAGGGAGGAGGUGAGGAAGGAGGGAAAGGAGCCAAGGGGAGUAAAGGGCAGAGCCAUGUGAAUGGGCUGGAUGCUGGGGUGGUAGCUGGAGGGAGCCCUCAAUAUCCGCAUACUGGCCGUCAGACAGCCUCUGGUGCCACGCCUGCUGCUGCCCCUCUUCCUCCUUCUCUGCAGGAUGCAACGGCAGCUGGCAGCACGUGUACCAUUGCAGGCCGUGGUGAAGGGCCAGGUGAAGCAAGCACGCCCGCGACUAAGUCGGCAUGUCUGGAGGCACCUCAAAGCAUGGCUCAUGACACGUGGGGGGGGAGCAGGGCAGUAGAGGCAGUCGGGGGGAUGGGAACAAGAACCGGAGUAGCAAUGACAGUCGUUGCCGUGGCAUUGGAAGCUGCCAGACGAGCAGCUGAGGCGCUGGCAGCAGGCGAAGUGCAGGCAGGCAAGCCAGCCAGCGUGGCAGCCCAACUGUCCCCAGCAGCUGGUGGCAGCAGCGGUGCGGCAUCAGCUGGCACCCCAUCGGCAUCGGUAGUGCAGCGCAAGCAGCAGGUUACUGGCAUGCGCAGCCAGCGGCAAUCACCCGUGGCAGGUGGGGCUAUUGGGGCGGAUGGCGGAGUAGGCAGCAUGGAGAAUGGCCGGGGCACGCUAGUGGGGGAGGAGGGCAGGAGAUGGCCGGGGCUAGAUGUGAGUGGGGAAGGAGGAGCGGAUAUGGAGGAAGCUCUAGAGAGCAACAGGGGGGAUGCAGCACACAAGAGGAGGAAGCUGAUGCAGCCAGUCAUUGGUGCGGUGCCAAGUGGAGUUGGCUUGUCAGGCGAUUCACUGCAUCUGAAUGGCAGGGGGGAUGGUGAGAGCGAGUGCGAGAGUGAGGAGAAGCAGAGAGGCGCAUGUGAGGGCGGGGUGAGAACAAGGGCCCAAGCACGGGCGUCUGGGCGAGUUGUGAGUAAGGAAGGCGGCUUGGAGUCCGAUGCUGCAGCAGUUACUGGCGUGGAUGAUGGGAAGGGGUGUGUUGUGAGGGGUGGUGCAGUUGGCAUGGUAGUGGGUGUCGGCAGGCCCGGUGUUUCUGUAGAGGAGUGCAGAGCAGCUGUGGGAGUGUAUGUGACGUCGCUGCUGGAGCCAGUGAGGGACAAGCAGAGGGUGACACGGCAGCAAGUGAGGGAGAUCAGUCGCAAGGCAACAGACGAGGUGAUGGAAAGUGCUGAUGUGGAAGGGUGUAUCAGCCUUCACGACGCGUCUCUCUCGCCCCACCUCAAGUCAAAGAUUCGCUUUUCUGUCGACAAGUACGUGAAGAUGUUCACUGACUCAUCCAGAGCGGACACAGAAUCACAACGGGCGAAGAGGAAAAGCUUACCUUAGCUUAGAUUCACCUGAUGGCGCCGUGUCAAUUUGUCAUAUUGAUUCCUGAUUUUGCAGUGUUGAAUUAAAAUUUCAAUUUUAUU